CGGCGACACACUGUCACCCUGACUUCCUUAAGACUCGCUCUGGCAAAACAAUAAGAUCAAGUCCUUAUGAGACCUACAACUGUCAAAUGUUUGAAGACCUGCCUGUUGAGGUAAUCCAGCAGAUUGUCCGCCACUUGUCCACCGCGUCUUCCAUCAUCAAUCUAUCACUCACCAACCACAAGGUCCAUGCUAUCAUUUCUGCCGAUGACUAUGCUUGCUUUCGAACAUUCGUCCAACGGGCCUUUCCCUCAAUCAAGACACCACCAUUAUGGCGAGAUGCCGCUCGUGCCUUGACAUCUCACUCCCGUGCAUGGGACCGUCGGGCAUUCAUCGCCAGGGAAUGCUGCCCGCCCCCCGAGAAUGAGAGCACAAAUGUGCCCAACCCAGUCACUACGGUGGGCUAUCACCCGGUCAUAGACAGCUACGAGACAUGGCCUGGAUCAACUUGGUCAAGCCGCAAAGAGGUUCUGGCGUGGGGGGCUGCAGGAAGGCUGAGAUUGCGCACUAUCCAAGAUGGUGUGGCGUCAUGGAGCUCUUUCAGAAUACCAGACGACCACAGGCAGGACCUUGACAUCCUAGACAUUAAACUGUUGCGUCCGCAUCAGCACGAGAACAGAGAUGGUGAGACGAUCAUACUCCGAAGAGCAAAUGGAGAAGUUGUCAAGCUUGAGUCAUCAAAACAAGACGUCUUCACCCAGAGAUCGAGAUACACCGUGAGAAAUGGUGGCUCCAAAAGGAUAGACAUCAACAACAUGAUGCAACCUAUCCUUGCCACCUGUGACAGUCAUCAUAUCGCCCUAUACCACGUCCACAGCGCAGAUCGCAACGUCCGACCCACGGAUAUCGCUCCCCUACAAGAGAAAAACAGCAUACGGAAGCGCACCAGAUGUGCCAAAUUCUUAUCAGACACCACAUUAGCCAUCGGCGUUCAAUUCCUCCAAGGACGCGACCGAGCACCGAUCCAUAUAUACGACAUCAGUCCAAGUGGACUUUCAAAGACUCCAUUAGCAGAAAUCUUUUCAUUUUCCGAAGGGAAUUAUCCAGUCCGUGGAAGGCAUAGCGCUAAUACUAUUGUACCUCUAGACGACGUGGGAACUACAUCCCGUCGACCUGGGCAAGUAUUCUUGUCAGGCUGGUCAGACGGGAUUGCCAGGCUCCAUGACGCUCGUGUGCCCGAGAGGCCUGUCGCAGAGUAUCUUGACCCUGUUGACGACGGACAGAUUCUGUCCUUGUUGCCGAUUGGUCACGAACGCUUCCUCGCUGGCAGCCAUCAAAACGGGUGUCUCAAGACAUUCGACCUGCGCAUGCCCGGAGCACGAGCCUAUUCAUACCUAGACGCUAGACCACCGAGGGCACGACCAGGCCAUCGGAGCCACAAAAUCUCAGACGUGUCCAAAUCUAACUCCUCCAACACACAGCGAGACAUCAACAUAUUUCUCACGCCAACCAUCAACUAUGGAGAGCGUCUCUGGCAGCCUCUUGCACGCCGCUCGGCACGUCGCGCCAACCGUUACCGCGGAUCCGUCUAUUCACUCUCCAGCCCUUCACCAAGCUCCCCGACUGUAUACGCCGGCAUCGAGAACCAUGUGCUUCAGCUUGACUUUGUCUCUACAGAUGACUUCAGGAGUGGUAUUCCCGGUCUGGUGGAUCCAUCUCUUGGCUUGUAUGACAAGUCGAACCAUGUCCUCAACUUCUCUUGCUACGAGCGGCCUAGGCAAGGACAUGAGAGCACAGAUCCUGUUCUCUUAAGGAAGCAGCUGGGCCUGACAGGUGGAAGACGAGAUAGUCAUCACGAUCGAAAGAAUAGCAGCGGACCCUCUGGAGAACUAGAGCCCGGCUGGGACGAGCGGUGGCGGCUGGAAACAUACGAUAGAACCCGGGGGCGAAAUCUAGAUUGGGGCGCUCCCAGGGAAGUAGUAGGAUAGAUGAG